ACAAAAAAAGUCAAGAAAUUUAAAUAGCAGCUGCUAUACCCGUUACCCACUAUUUGUAUAGCGGCCGCUAUUAACGGUCAUAGCGGCCGCUAUUGUUCACCCGCUAUGCUAUGGAGAAUUUUCAUAGCGGCCAUAGCUGGCCGCAAUGCUAUACCGCUAUAGCGGCCGCUAUAGCCGCUAUUGACAACACUGAUGAUGGGAAUCAAGACGACAGCAUAUCUACUACGUCAUGUGAUCCAUUACACACCCAAGGAGGUCCAAUCACGCGAGCUAGAGCUAAGAAAAUGCGUGAAACUUUAAAUGGCCUUAUUGAGCAGAUCUGGAUUGAAAACAACAUACAACAAGCAAAUCAAAGCUUGGAUGAUUAUCAAAGCAUGAUAAACAUCAUUCAGGUUCAAGAGAAGCUUAAUUGAGGUCAUUUAUGGUAAAUUACCCAGUUUGCAUCAAUCUCACAAUUCUGUCGCAAUUUGUAACAAACUGAUAUUUCAUGU